UCUCAUCGCUGCUGUCUGGGGGAGCAUGGAUGAAGCUCCAGUGGUCUGCCCACGUGCCCCCCACACUCCAGUCCGUGCGCAUGAUGUCCUUGGCGGAGAUUACACAGCGGCUACAGAACGGCUCCAAGCCACUGCUGGCAGCUGUAUUGGGCAAGCUGGAGCCCGAUGGAAAGCCGCUGCGCGUCCACGACCAAGACGUCAUGGCGUGGAAGAACACCGUCUAUGAGCAUUCAUCCGCGCGCACGUCAGGCAUUUGGUCUGCCAAGAGGUCAAAAUUGUCGCAGCAAGAGAGCGUGUGCAACAUGGUCUUCCGUGACCAUUCAUCAAGUGCUCAGGUUGAAGGAGGGAGUUGGGAGCUGCCAUAUCAGGUCACCAACAACAACUUCCAGCCCGCAAACGUGGGUGUCGUUGCGGCGCUCUUCUCGUCUGUGGCGGGACGGUCCAUCGUGGGAUACGAGACUGUUGAUGAGACGGUGCCUGUUGGCCUCAACGUCCUUGGCAUCGGCGAGUUUUACUUGACGAGCCGCGGGCUGAUGAUGCGCACAAGCGGCAGAGGCGUCAGUUUGUUUACCCGCGACACGCUGCAAGAUGUCAUCAACAGUGCGCAAGCGCGGGCGUCGCUGUGGCGUGUGAUGCUGCUGCUGUGCGCGACGCUGGGCACGCUGUGCGUGGUGGCGAUUGUCCGCUCUGAACUGCGGCGUCUCCAUACCCAGCAGGAGCGCGCGAGGCAGAUGGCACGCAUCAUGCAGGCGCGUGCACAGCAACAACACGCCGUGCGCCAACACAGGGCACAGCAGCAGGAGCGGCGACAGGUGCUGCGACAACACCGCGCACAGCAAGAGCAAGCGGCACGAGAUAGCGACGAAGCAAACGAAUCCCCCACAAACUGCAACGUCUGUCUCGACAAUGCCUGCGACACUGUGAUUGUGCCGUGCGGACACAUGUGCAUGUGCUCCAUGUGCGCUGAUCGGUUGCUGGACUUGCCACGGUCACAGCACCGCUGCCCCGUCUGCCGAACACACGUCGACAACAUCAUCCCCGUGUUUCGAUCGUGACCACGGUUGGCGGCUGUGCUUGCGCCACUCUCGAGCUGUGAGUACACACACACACACACACACACACACACACACACACACACACACACACACACACACACAC